GGAAACAGCCGGGGCGAAAUUAAAAUAAAAACGCUGGUCAGCUGGGGCAAUAGUUUCUGCUGGUGAAUGUUACGGUGUGGGGCAAAAACGAGACAAAAGAAAAACUUGCAAGACACUUUACGGUUUUCUUAAAGAUGGGACACAGGGGUCCGGGCAGGCUGGCGGCCCGGUUGGUGGUCCUCGUUGCGUUGUGCUCCUGGUGCGGGACGGCGUCCGCCUUUUUCGCCUGGAUGAGGAAAGGCACCGAGUCACCCCCGCCGCCGCCGCCGCCGCCUCUGUCGCCGGGCCCAGACGAAUACACUCCCCCGUUUGAGAUGAGCGUGGCGGACGAGAAGUUCCUGGCGGAGGCGAAGACGAUGGAGCUUAGCCCUCUGGAUACCUGUCACUACCGGGUGGUAGCCCAGUUGAAGUCCACCUGCAGCGGCCUAUCGGAGGAGCAGCUGGCCAAGCUGGGCGUGGUCCUGUUCAACUGCCAGUCUGAGGUGGAGGGCCGCAGAACCUUCCCCUGCACUGAGGAAAUGACCCUGAAGGAGUGCACUGCAGCCAUGGACUCGGACACGUGGAACGCCUACCACAUCGUGAGCAACCGCGCGCGCUCCGUGUGCUACGCCACCCGCCAGCAGCACUUCCGCCGCAAGGCCGAGCUCACCGUCAACGCCCUCAUCUCCACGGCGACCAGCCAGCUGGAGGCCAUGCAGGACCUGAAGGAGGGCCAGCUGGAGCUGAGGGAGCUGACGGUGGCCUCUCUGGAGAAGCUGCUGCAGGGGCACAGUGCGCUGCAGGAACAGCAGGGGGCGCUGCAGCAGGGCCAGGACCAGCUGGAGACCUCCAUCAGCUCCAACCUGCAGCGGCUGGGGCAGGAGAAGGCCCUCAUCGCCUCCGGCCAGGAGCUGGUGGCCCAGCUCAUCCAGGGCAUUACACAGAGAAUGGAGAAUGUCAGCGAGCAGCUGAAAGGUCAGGGGUCAGACCUGCAGGAGGGACAUAGGGCCAUUCUGGAUGACCUGGCGGAGGUCAGAGGUCGAGCACAGGACAUCUACAGCAAAAUCGAACACAACCUGUCUGGGUUCCUGCGGCAUCAGAACCGCACAGCCCGGUACUACUCUGACCUGAUGGGGAAGCUGGAGCGGAUGAACGGCACCCUGGGAUACAUGCUGCUCUACCUGGACAACAUGCAGAGCCGCCUGGAGGACCGACUGCACCUCAUACAGAGGUACCUGGGACAGGCAGGCCUGAGCCUGUCGGCGCUGUGGACCUGCGCAGUGCAUGCUGGGUAUUUCCUGCUGGCGGCGCUGCUCCUCUCCUUCCUGCACUGCCCCUUCUUCUCCCGCGCCGCCCUGCUGGUGACCGUGCCACUCAACGCCCUGGCAGAGCUCAACCAGCAGCCUGCGCUGGACCUGCCCAGCCUCAGCCUACUGCUGCUCACCCUGUCUCUGGGUCACUGGUUUCUGCAGCAGCUCUUGUGGGGCUGUUCCAGGCUCCGGGGGAAGGGGGCAAGGUCUGCCCCCCUCCCCCCGACAGAAACCCCAGUGCCCCGCGGCAGACCGUCCCAGUGCCCCCGCCUGAGGUCCUCCACUCCUGACUGCGACCUGCUUGAUGGUGUCAUGGCGCCAGAUCCCUUGGAUCAGGAUAGUUUUGCAUUUGAUGACCCCUGUGUGGCCCCUCAGUUCACUCGGAUCGAGGAUCCCCGAUUUCUGCCUCCUGUCCUGGGCACUCUGAGCCACUCCACUCCCAGGCUUAAGAGCAGGCCUAGUUUUCCUGGUGGCGGUCUAGGGGCUCUGGAGGGAAUUCCCCAGAGGAACCUGGGCCUUGCUCUCGACGGGGCGGGUGAUUCGCGGAGCGCCAGUCCAAACCAGUCCGUCUUCAGCAACAGCCUCGGGCAGGCAGCUCUGUCACGGCACCACCAAGACCGGUCUUCCCUGCAAGAAGAGGGCGCUGUUGGGCCAGGACUACUGCAGGAUCCACGAGGGAGGCUACACUUCCUACAACCCCAUGUGACUCCACCCCCUCCCCCCCCCCCUGACCACACCCCUUUUAUUCUGCCCAUCAGAACUGCCCUGGGUUACUGGGGACUAAAAUGCGACACUAAAUGGCCCAAAAUGUUUGCCUGCAGGGCGAUCAGAUCUUUCGGAGGCUGGUAUCAGCUGUGUGUCUAUGUGGUUGGUUACUAACAUAGUGAAGACGUUGGUGAACCGUUACACGUGUGCCUCUGUGG